AAUCAUUUGUCACGUGGUGGAUGUGUGGUGGCCAAUAUUUUGCAAUGGACCUCCACUACUUAAAUAAAAAAAGUUCUAGUUGAAGUUAAACGAGUUUUUAAGGGUGUUUUUACAGUUCUAGUGACUGAUUAACAAGAUUUCUAUAUUAUUUACAGGAGAAACAGCCUUGAGAACCUGGCUUAUCAUCUCUGUGGGCUUUGAAAACAGUCAUAGUGAGAGAGCAAAGGUUUUCUGAAUACGGGACUCUGUAGUGGUUGGAUGCCCUUCUCUUUCACUCCCUGACAGGUUUGUGAGGCCAACAGAGGUCAGAAUGGCAGGGGAGGCCAGACGGGGCAGUGUGGCGUCUUCCCUGCUGACAGAGUUGAGUGGGGCGCCCUCUGUCACUGAGGAUGAGAUAGCAGGACUCAGCAUGGAGCAGCUGGAGAGUGUUGGGGCAGAGCUGCAGGCGCUGUGUUUGCUGCUGCAGGCGGAGGUGGAUCUAUACAUGCGUUAUCUGAGCAGCCAGGUGCAGGAGGAGGUGCCGCAGGGAAGUCCCUCCAUAGCAGCUGCAUCUGGGUCUGGUACAGCCACACCCUCUGUCUCCUCCCUGGACGUGCGGGGGCUGCGGAGAGGCCAGGUGGUGACGCGAGGGACCACCCGAGCGGCUGCCAGGCUGUCGGAGCGGCAGAAGACUCGUCUGUGGCAGCGGGAACUGGAGAUUGUGCUGGCCAACAAGAGGAAGCGAGAAAAGGUGUGGCAGCAGGAGCUCCAUAAGUACCAGGUGUCAGUGCUGGAGGCUGAGGCGUGCCAGAAGGACCUACAGAAGGCACAGGAGGGGGUGGCACAGCUGAUGGCUGGCACAAGGAGACUCACCUUUGACCAGAUACACAAGUUCAUGGAGGAGCAGCUGCGGGUGUGGCUGAAGCAGGCAUCACAGGUGUGGGUGCAGGUGUCCCUCCUCCGUGGUGACCUGAGCAAGGCCAGGGUGAAAAGGGAGAGGAGGCGAGGUGGUCAUGAUCCAACCGGGCACCCUGUAUCACAGAUCAACUUCCUGAAGCAGCAGCUGGAGCACUCAGAGGUGAAGGCAAGAGUGGAGAGCAAUCGGGGGGUGCUGUCUGACCUCCUGCAGCAGCUAGAGAGAGACAGGCGGCGAGUAAUGAACUUGGAGGAAGAGAACCAGAGGCGUGCGGCAAGGCUGGAGGAGCUGCGGCGUGCUGUGAAGGAGGCAGAGCGGGAGGUGGGCCGCCUCAGCCUCACCUCCGGCAGAAUUGAGGCAAGGGUGCAAAGGGUGAACACCUCCACCAAGAGCAAACUUCUCACCUUGAAAUCUUCACCACUGCAGCCAACUCAAGUGGAGGAGUACCUGCAACUCAGUGACAAUGUCCGCAAGUUGAGGAAGGAAGUGGCAUGGUGGAAGAGGAGAGCAGGGGAUCCAGUGUGAUCCUGUGUGACUUUCAAAAUCUCAGAACAUAGCUACAAGAUUAAAAGACUGCUUGACUGAAGGGCAUGAGGUAACGGAGAUCAGGCAGACGGCAACACUGGGUAGUGGAGGAAAUUCAUCACCACCUGGCACACAUCCUCAAUCUGCCGAAUGUGGUGGCUGUCCAGCUCCUUCUUCCAAUGGUCGUGGCGGAAGUCUGCUUGCCUGAAGGUGUUCAUGUACCUGUGGGGGACGGUGCAGUAUGGACAGUUGGAAUGCCUCUAUGUAAAGUAACUGCAUUUACUCAUUUGUAAUACUAUGCUUUUUUUUUUUAUAUAAGGGCACUGACCAAGGGCAAAAAAGAGUGCCAGUCCCAGAAGAAAGGUCAAAAGGAUCAUCCAAAUUUGGAGGAUAAAAAUCUCGAAAUUGAUUCAAGCUUGCAAUUUUUUGUCUUUUCAAUAAAAAAUUUUGAUAUUUUUUUUCAAAUAAUGUAGCCAUAUUAUCUGUAUACACCUCUACCUAUUGUAAUACAUUCCAUUGAUUUAUUUGCUUUAUCUGGAGAACUGUAAUAUUAACCAGGUGAUGUGGCUGACAAUAACACUAUUAGGUUAGAUACAGCUGCCAGUGAUUGGACCCGACUGUCUGUGUGAAGCAGCAGUGUUUGGCAUGGUGGAAGUGGUGAUUUCCUCCCACACACUCUAUGUGGCGACCUGGUGCUUGCAGGGACACUGGUACAAUGGACAGUAUGACUCAUGUAGUAGAUUAUAUUUGCACUGUAUAGAAAUGGGACUGAAUGAUGGGGGAAAGAGUGGAAAAUAUAGAUAAAGAAAGUGAGUCUUGCAUGGCACUAACCAAUUCUGUCAGCUGGGAGUUGUGGCCGGGGUGGGAAGUGAAGGAAACAUUAAUGAGGUACACACAGUCAUGCAGCAUUGGCACAAGUCUGCCACCAAGUGAGGGGAAGGACCUGCACCAGUCCAGGAUGCAUCUUUCACAGCAUGAUGUAGUCAGUCGCUAAUUUCUUUACAUUUUUAUAAAAAAUACAAGAAAUAAUAAAAUGUGUCCUAUAGAUGAGUGCUGUGUGGCAAUACAGUGCUGUAAUCAAUGGCAGUGCUUAUGGUCCUUUGUUGUUCACCUCCUAGGAUAUCAAGAGACAUGUUAUCACACCAUUGUUAUCAGUUAUGGUUUUCACUUUAUUGAUGUCAUAUUGAUGCAAUAAAGUGAUUCCUUUUUAAAGUUACUUUGGAAUCUUGUUCAGAGAUAUCAGGAAACUAAUGACUUAUUACAAUAAAGCACAUGAUCUUUGCAUGAUUACAGCUCUAUUUUCAA